CGCACAGUUUUCACGGUAUAAAAAUAACAUUCUCUAUCAGUUUCAUCUCAAUAACACAGGCAUAUGUUAGAAUAUUCGAGAAUUCGAAUCUGCUAUUCAUAUUAUACAAAAAAGAUUUGAAUUCAAUCCUGUGAAUGUUUUUUGAAACUUGUUUUGAAUCAGUGAUACCGUAGCUAGGCGAUCGUGAAAUGUUUUAAGUUAAUUAAAAAAAAAAAAAGGUUUAUCCAACGUUACGAACAUGAUUUCACUAAAAUUGCUAUGUUUAUUGUUGGUGGUAUGUUCAGCUCACAGCCUCCAGCUGGACAGCCAGGCUUCCACCAGGCGGCCGAGGGUCACGAAGUACAGCAAGACUACAAUAGCGCCUGGCGGAUCGACGGAAUCGGUAACAGAAAGAAGUUUGGUGACGGCCACGUACCGUCUCCAAGGUGGUGGAGGGGAGACCUGCAUUCUUCUGACUGUCGAUGCUCUCCUGGACAUAUCUUACGUGACAAAGCUCAACGAACGCGCGGACGCGAAUACUUUUGUCCCGAACAACGCUAACGUCGGAGGGGCGUGCAAGGAUGGUGACGCCGAGACCUUAGUCCUUUCGUUUAAGGAUUUCACUUUGGAAUGGUUCUUUGCAAAGACUCCAGGAGGAGAGCGUUGGUAUGCUGAGAGCAUGAAGCUAUCGUAUAACUCCAGUUCUCGCAUUCUGGAGCACGCAGCGAAUCAAGGGAGACGUGUUACCCUCACCACUGACUCCAGAGAGCUGCUUUUCCCGACGCCGGUCGGAAAAUCUUAUUUCUGCCCAGACGAGACGGUCAUUGAACUCACCGAGGAGGAUCCCAGCAACCCGACGUUGGCUCACAAAGCGAAGCUGUACCUCAGGCAGAUGCGUCUGCAGCCGUUCAUGUUCAAGCGGUCCGGCGAGUUCGGUCCCGCGUGGCACUGCGCCGGGGCCGCGCGGGCCCGCUCCGAGGCCGCACCGGUCGCGGUGGGGGCCGCGCUGGCCGUCGCGACCGCCGGCACGCUACUAGGCUACGCCAUAUGGCGGUAUUUGAAAGUCAAGAAAGUACAAUACGACACGAUGGAAUGAGAUUAAUAAGUUCGGUUACAAUAUCGCAUUAAAAGUGUACAAUUUCCAAAAAAAUAUUCGAAAUUGAGUAAAUAUCGACGCUUGAAAGGCAAACAUGACUAAGCGACAAUGCGUGAA